AUGUCAGAACAAGAAUCGUCCCUAAAGAGAACUGUUGAUACUGUCACUAGCGAAGGUGAUGUGUCUAUUGUCAAGAGAUCUAAAAUAGAGGAGGACCAACCUUCCAAUAACUCUAUAACUGAACAAUCGGUUGGUAUUACAUUAUAUUUAACUCCAGACUUACCUGGAUUUUCGGGUCAAAUCAAGCAAAGAUAUACAGAUUUUCUAGUUAACGAAAUUGACAAGUCUGGGAAUGUUGUUCAUCUGACUGACAAAGGGUUCAAGAUGCCAAAGAAACCUCAAUUGUCUAAAGCAGAAAAAGAUGCUAAAAAUGCAGAAGAUAUUGCCAACAGACAAAAUUUUGAAGUUGAUUCUGAGUUAAGAACUCAAUUAGUUGAAAUAUUUGGAGAGAGUGAUGUUCAAAAGAUUGAAGAAGUUUACAAGAUGGCCACUACUAUGAAAAGUGAAAAAUCGUUUGAAGAUAAAACAAUAAGAACUAAAAUUCAUCAAUUAUUACGCUCUGCAUUUAAUGACGAACUAGAGUCUGUUACAAGCGAUACAAAUUGCUUUAAGAUUGCAAGAAAUAAUAAAAACUCAAGAGUAAACAAAAAAGUGAGAAAUGAUCAAACAAAAGAUGCAAACGGCGUUGAAAACUGGGGUUACGGACCAGCCAAAGAGUUUCUACAUUUCACCUUACAAAAAGAGAACAAAGAUACCAUGGAUGCGGUCAAUACCAUUUGUAAACUAAUGAGAUUCCCAACCAAGGCUAUGAGAUUUGCUGGUACCAAGGAUAGAAGAGCUGUUACCUGUCAAAGAUUAUCAUUAUCAAAGAUCGGUGUAGAUAGAUUAAAUGCUUUAAAUAGAACUUUAAAGGGUAUGACAAUCGGUGGAUUUAAAUUCGAAGAUUCCUCUCUAAGUUUAGGUGAUUUGAACGGUAAUGAGUUUGUUAUUGCCAUAAGGGAUGUCAACGUUAUUGAUCCCAAUUCCAAAUUGGAAGACAUCUUACAAAAAGGUUGCGAAUCCCUAUCAAAUAACGGUUUCAUCAACUACUUUGGUAUGCAAAGAUUUGGUACAUAUAGUAUUUCUACCCACGAAGUUGGUAAAGAAAUUUUGUUAGAAAAUUGGGAGAAGGCUGUUGAACUAAUUCUUUCUGAUCAAGACAAUGUUCUUCCAAAAUCUAAAGAGGCUAGACAAUUGUGGGAAAGUACACAUGAUGCUGCUGCUGCUUUGAAGCUAAUGCCAAGACAAUGUGUAGCUGAAAAUUCAAUCUUAUAUUGCUUGUCCAAUCUAAGAAAGGAGGAUGACGGAUCAUAUUCAACUAACUCGUAUUUAUCAGCUCUUAUGAAAGUUCCAAGAAACCUAAGAACAAUGUACGUUCAUGCUUAUCAAAGUUAUGUCUGGAAUGCCGUUACUAGUGAAAGAAUUAAAUUAUACGGGUUGAAGGUAGUACCAGGUGAUCUAGUUAUCGAUAACUCUACUUCUCAUGAAGACGUUGAAGAGUUGGAUGAUUUUGAUGAAGAUCUAAAUACUCAAGAAUUUGUCAGGGCCAAACCUCUAUCACAAGAGGAUAUUGAUGCCGGAAAUUAUUCCAUGUCUGAUAUCGUUUUACCAAUGCCUGGCUUUGAUAUCAUUUAUCCUUCAGAUUCUACUUUAAAGCAAGUUUAUAUCGAUAUAAUGAAGAAGGACAACAUGGAUCCAUUUAAAAUGAGAAGAAAAGUCCGUGAUUUCUCCGUUGCAGGUUCCUAUAGAAAUGUCAUCCAAAAACCAAACGAACUAGAAUACAAAAUUGUUCACUAUAAUGAAUCUACUCAGCAAUUAUUGAACACUGAUCUUGAAAUGUUAAAUAAUAAAAUUGGUAAAGAAAACGGCCAAAAAUAUAUGAAAACUAAACUAGAGAGAUUCAUGCCAGAUAAUGGAGGGGAAAAAACUGCCGUUUUAGUAAAAAUGCAAUUAGGUACAUCCGCUUACGCAACUAUGGCUUUACGUGAAUUAAUGAAGUUAGAAACAUCUCGUCGUGGUGAUAUGUGUGAUGUCAAGGUUUGA